CGCCGCUCUCCUUAUCCACCUCGCUCAGCUGCAUCCAAUCCCGGAACUGUCAAUCCAAAAUUUGAAACCAAACGAUGGCCGGGCUGCUCUGCUCCAUCUUCAGUCACUCUCUCUGCUUGUCACCUCGCAUGGUGUAAUUUACCUGCCCUCUUUCCUUUCAUCCUCCGAACAAAGCCUCUCGUUAUACCAAACACCUCACCAUCGCGUGAGAGACAGCUCAAACAGAGCCGGGUUUCCUAUAUACCUUACUCUCGCUACCGAGUUUACGUGCUCGAACCACACAACACAGUCGCUUCCUGCACUCCUUACAACGAAGCAACAUUAAUAAACGGCACAUACCAUACUGCACAGCUGCUCAGCAGUUGAAACAUGCAGCACGAGUCCAUCUAAUCUCACGACCCCGGACCACAAUUUGAUCAGAGCCACCAACCCUCUAGCGUGACCUCACAACAUUCCUUCCAGCCUCAAGCUCCCCCAGAACUCUCCUACCUUCGUGACAUGCCUCUCCUUCGAAAAGGAGAUCCGAGGAGGUCUCAACAGCACCUCAUGACGGAAUCCAAGUCGUCGGCGGCAGCCUCGAGUACAACAUUGCACGAAGGCAUGGAUCGGUAUCUCGAGCCCCCGUCGGCACAUCCAGUCUAUGGGAAUUACACAGAGGAUGUGCCCCUACAAGAGCAGCAGAGCCUGACACCUCGAAGACCUCCGAUGUCUGAAUACCAUAAUCGAACACUCUCUGAUCUCGUGCCAGAGAGCAUUCAGGACAGCCCUAUCGACUCACCACAUCAUGCCAACUAUCCUCCCUUUGGCCCUCGAACAACGUCGGCCUUCUCAGACGCCGGCACCAUGAACAACUCACCCUACAAUUCCGGCUCGCCCUACCAAGGCAACUCACCAUACCCGGGCAGCUCGCCCUACCCGGGAGGUUCACCCUUUCCCGCAGGCACACCAUGGAGGAGUCAGGAGACGCUUAGGCCGCUUGUGCCUGAUGCUCCUCAGACAUAUAUGAAGAGGGAUUGGGUUAAAGACGGCUCAAUUGCUCAAUUAAAGUCGCGAGAUGACAAAGAGUUCAUUUACGGCUGGAAGAAGUGGUUGUUCAAGUGGGUGGCCCCCGUCCUGGGAAUGCUCACGCUGGCAUUGUACUGGGUUUAUUUCGGCAUGCGAAUCACCUUUGUCGUGGAAGCCCAAACAAAAUUCCAUGCACCAUUUCCUUUGGCUUGGGUUUUUAUUGCCAUCGAAAUCAGCAUUGCUGUUCCCAUCUUUAUGCAGACCUUCUGGUCGCUCUUCAUCAUGAAGAAGAGACAGCGUCCCCAGCUUCGGUUGGUCGGCAACAAUGUUCCCUCUGUGGAUGUUUUUAUUACUUGCUGCGGCGAGGACGACGACUUAAUUCUCGACACGGUACGAGCAGCCUGCGACUUGGACUACCCGAUGGAUCGAUUCCGGGUGUUGUUGUUGGACGAUGGAAAGUCAGACCACCUUCAACAAGUGUUGAACGACAUGCGCGAGCUGUUUCCGAAUCUCUACUAUGUGCGGCGUCCCAAAUUCCCUGGUGUCCCUCAUCACUUCAAGGCCGGAAAUCUCAAUUACGGUCUGGAGUCGGUUCACAACCUGCCCGGAGGUGCCUCUGAAUACAUGGCUGCUUUGGAUGCUGAUAUGAUUCCGGAACAACACUGGUUGCGGGCUGUCAUGCCACACAUGCUUUUGGAUGAGAAGAUGGCUCUCGCAUGCCCUCCCCAGCUUUUCUAUAACGUUCCAAAAGGCGAUCCUCUCUGUCAAAGUCUCGACUUCUUCGUUCACGUGUCAGAGCCAGUCAAGGAUGCUCUGGGCGUGGCCUGGUGUACCGGAUCUGGCUAUGUGGUACGAAGAGUGGCUCUCGACCAAAUAGGUGGAUUUCCACUGGGUUCCCUGGCUGAGGAUGUUGCUACCUCGACUCGUCUCCUAGGCCGGGGUUGGAAGACCGCCUAUGUUCACGAACCACUACAGUUUGGCACUGUGCCCGAAGACUACGGCAGCCAUUUGAAACAACGAACUAGAUGGGCUAUCGGGACAGUCGACACCUCAUUCAAGCUAAAGUUCUGUCUGUUCGGCGAUGAUGUCAAACACAUGACUUUCGCACAGAGAAUGUCAAGCUUCAUCUACGCAUUCCUGAGUUUGUUCAACAUCUUUUUGACGCUUUCGAUCUUCGCCAUGCCUAUUGUUUUGAGCCUCAACAAGCCUCUCGUGGCUUAUUCGAACAACGACGAGCUCAGAUUGCUGAUCAGGACAUGCUUUGCACUUACCAUGUGUAACCGUCUGUGCGAAUUCGUCCUCUAUAUCCCCGCCGGAUACCACACUGGACAACGUGGCAGUCGAUCACAGCUGUGGAUGAGCCCCUACAUUGCGCUUACCAUCAUCCGCUCCUUCAUUCUCCCGACAUGGCUCGGUGGUCAAACACAAGCCUUCAAGCCUACCGGCAGUCUUCAAUCGGCUUUGAACGAACGAUACCCCAAGUUGAGAGCCCCGAUGUGGCGACGUAUAUGGACAAUCUUGGUCAACUACCUUGCUGGAUUCCACGUUGCAUAUGUUUACUGGGUCUUGGUUGCUGUGACGCUAUCCAGCUACCGAGCAUUCCUCGCUCAUGGAGUUAGAGCCAAACUGAUCGAGAAUCUAACUCAUGCAUGGUGGGUGCCCUUGGCUUGGGUACUGGUUGUGUCUUCGUUUUGGAUCCCGUUCACAUAUGCUGUCGACCCACCAUCGAUGCCUGACCGCGAAUCUCUGCUUAUUCGGGAUCCCAAGACGGGCGUCGCCCAUCCCACCAAGGAGAGUAAGACGAUUGCCUUCCGCGGCCAGACGAUGUGGUUCGAAUUCGAGUACACCUUCACUACAGUCUUUACCGCCGUCGUCUUCGCGGCCACAUUCUUUUACUGAACAACAUCGCAUCGACCACGACGACAUGAUCAUGGCUUACGGAUAUUUUUGUUUAAUCUUACUGCACAUAUGGGGAAAAGCCUCAUUCCCGGACUACCUAUUAAGGCGCACCAACUUAGAUUCUGGACCGAAAGAAAGCACAGCCUUGUACAGAACACAUGAUUUGAGAGAAAAGAAUGGUUACUGGUUGAUUUAUAAUACUAUAAAACGUGGGAUCGGCUUCCACAAGCAUGGAUAUUGUUUGGGAUUAUCUUGAGUACAGUAAACGAAGGGCGAAUCAGGAGGUAUGGCCGAAGUGAUUUUGGACAAGCACUUUUUUGGUCUGCAUCAGGGGUGCGGGUUGGGUUAUACUCAAUACUACGUUUGAGUCUUGAGACUUUUGGUGGUGUCCGGUAGGAAUAUGUGUGCAAGGCAUAAUGGGAAAUGAGUUCCAAGGAGAGAAGAAAAUAUACAUAAACACUGGUAGACAACAGUUCAAGAGUUGUCCUCUUCUUUA